UUGUGUAAUGUCCACUUGAGGGCGUGUGGGUUCCACAGAAUAUAGGAAGAUCAGAGAAACUAAUAAGUCAGAGGGAGGUUGGUUGAAUUGAUUGUAUUGGAUCCAAUGGAGAAAGGUGUAGGAGAAGGCCAUGGAGGGCUCAACAAAUAUGCCCUGGGUUGUUCCCUGGUUGCUUCCAUGAUAUCAAUCAUCUUCGGCUAUGAUACUGGUGUGAUGAGUGGAGCAAUGAUCUAUGUGAAGGACGAGUUCCACAUCGGCAACGGGAAAACGGAGAUUCUGGCCGGAAUACUUAACCUCUGCGCUUUGGUUGGGUCACUUUGUGCGGGAAGAACCUCCGAUGCUAUUGGGCGGCGUUACACCAUCGUUCUGGCCGCCGUCAUCUUUUUGCUGGGCUCAGUUCUGAUGGGCUACGGCCCAAACUACGGCGUGUUGAUAGCGGGAAGAUGCACGGCGGGAAUCGGCGUCGGCUUCGCGCUGAUGAUCGGCCCGGUUUACUCCGCGGAAGUGUCGUCUCCGUCCACGCGUGGCUUCCUCACAGGCCUCCCGGAGCUUGGGAUAAGCAUAGGGAUAUUGCUGGGAUAUCUCUCGAACUUCAUCUUCUCCGGACUGCCACUAAAGAUAGGAUGGAGAGUGAUGCUGGGGAUUCCCGCAAUCCCGUCGUUAUUCUUAGCCAUCGGAGUCCUGAAAAUGCCCGAGUCGCCGCGGUGGCUGAUCUUGCAGGGCCGGCUCGGGGAAGCCACGAAAAUCAUGUACAAGGUUUCCAACGGCGCGGAAGAAGCGGAGGCUCGGUUGUCGGACAUGAAACUAAUCGCCGGAAUCGACGAAAAGUGCAAAGACGACGUUGUGAAGAUCGAGAAAGAUUCUCAAGGCAAAGGCGCGUGGCAUGAGCUGCUAAUCAAGCCCACCCCGACCGUGCGGUGGAUGUUGAUGGCGGCCGUCGGGAUUCAUUUCUUCGAACACGCCACCGGGAUCGAGGCCGUCAUCCUCUACAGCCAUAAGAUCGUGGAGGGGGCCGGAAUCGAGGAUAAAAGAAAAAAGAUCCUCUUCACCGUCGGAGUCGGUCUCACCAAGUUCAUUUUCGUCGUCACCGCAACUUUCUUGGUGGAUAGAGUGGGCAGGAGAAAGCUCCUCUUAACCAGCGUGGGUGGAAUGGUUAUCUCACUGUUUGGGCUCGGGACUUUCCUCACUAUAGUCCACCAACACCCUGGCGAAAGGAUCAUUUGGGCAUUGGUACUAAGCAUCAUCACCACUUAUGCUUUUGUCAUGUCCUUCAACAUUGGCCUUGGGCCGAUCACCUGGGUGUACAGUGCCGAGAUUUUUCCGAUGAAACUCAGGGCCCAAGGCGCCUCCAUCGGCGUGGCGGUGAAUAGGUUGAUGAAUGCAACGGUUUCCAUGACUUUCUUGACAAUCUCCGAUACCAUCACAAUUGGAGGAGCUUUUUACAUGUUUGCUGGGAUUUCGGUCAUCGCUUGGCUCUUCUUUUUCGUCUUCUGUCCCGAGACUAAGGGCAAGUCUUUGGAAGAAAUGGAAAUCCUUUUCACUCCAAAAUCCUCCUCAAUUAACAAAAACAAUUCCAAAUAGUUGGCUACAUCUAAACUUGUCAACUACUAUUACUUCACUACUCUAGCUUGCAAAGUGGUAAGUUAUGCAUGUAUAGUGUAUGACUCAACACCUAGACUAGUAGUGUGUAAAGAGAAUGGGAAAAUAAGUGUAGCUCCAGAGUGGUGAGUGAUCGAGAUACUAGUACCGAGCUCAUUAUGUAAUCUCCUUUGUCUUUCAGUAAUGACAUUCUUGUUUAUUAA